GACCGGAAGAGGCUUUGUGUCACUUCCGGAUUGUGGGUCUCCGUCCCUCCGUUCCCGGAAGUGCAAGAGCGGCGUUGCCAUGGCGGCGUCUGUCGGGCAGGUGCUGGCUCUGGUGCUCGUGGCCGCUCUGUGGGGUGGCACACAGCCACUGCUGAAACGGGCCUCCUCCCGCCUGCAGCAGGUUCACGAGCGGACCUGGGUCCGGCAGUUGGUGCAGGAGAUGAAGACCCUCUUCUUGAAUAUUGAGUACCUGAUGCCCUUUUUCCUUAACCAGUGUGGCUCCCUUCUCUACUACCUCACCUUGGCAUCAACAGAUCUGACCCUAGCUGUGCCCAUCAGUAACUCUCUGGCCAUUGUCUUCACACUGAUUGUCGGGAAGUUCCUUGGAGAAGAUAUUGGUGGAAAACGAGCAUUCGCAGGCAUCGUGCUCACCGUGGCAGGAAUUACACUCUGCAUCACAAGCUCAAUGAACAAGACCCAGGGGCAACCGUCUACCCUUUGAGCGGGCCAACACCACCCUCCAGUUCUGCUCUCUCCAGAAAGCCCUUUGGGCCAUGACGUGCAAGCAGAUGGACCGAGCACUUACCCUCUGAACCUCAGCUUUCUCAUGUCUUACAAGGAUAAUAGCUACCUCGUGGAUCACAAUAAAAGAACAAGAGUGAAA